UCAGUCGACCCACAGGGCCACCAUGGGGAAUUAUAGAAUGAUUCCGAUAUGGGCGCUGCGAUGGAUGGUACUAGCCCUUGGAAUAAGCACCACACAGACAGCAAAUGGACCUGUCAACAUCAUCCCUCCAAUGACCAAGAUAAUCAUGACCUCAGGCGUCAGCCCCGCUCAUAACGAACGAGUCUGCAGCACAUGGGGGAACUACCACUUCAAGACUUUUGAUGGUGACAUCUUCCAACUGCCCUCCACCUGCAACUACAUCUUGACCUCACAGUGCAGGGGCAGCUACGAGGAGUUCAAUAUCCAGAUGCGACGGCAGGUGGUGGACGGCCAUCCCACCAUCAGCAAGAUCACCAUGAAGCUGGAGGGCAUGGCUGUGGAGCUGACCAAUGGCUCCAUCAGCGUGGAUGACCAGGAGGUGACGCUGCCGUACAGCCAUUCUGGAGUCCUCAUUGAGAAAAACCCCUCCUACAUUAAAGUUACGGCCAAGUUGGGGCUCACAGCCAUGUGGAAUCAUGAUGACGCUCUCAUGAUUGAACUGGACAGCAAGUACAAAAAUCAGACGUGUGGACUGUGUGGCGACUUUAAUGGGGUCCAGCUCUACAAUGAGUUCUUCAAAAACGGUGUUGAGAUAUCUGCGUCUGACUAUGGAAACUUUGCCAAGAUGGAUGCUCCAACAGAGAGCUGCUCUGCAUCAUCCACUUCAUCAGACAGCACAUGCAGCAAGCUGACAUCAGUGUGUGAGCAGUUGUUCUCAGGACCAUCCUUCAGCAGCUGUAAGGACCUCGUGGCCCUUGACUUCUUCAUCAAAGCCUGUGAGGUGGACAUGUGCCAGUGCAGCAAAAACUCCAGCUCUUUCUGCCUGUGCAGCACCAUCUCAGAGUUCUCCCGCCAGUGUGUGCACGCCGGCGGAAAACCUGGCCAGUGGAGGACAGACCAGUUCUGCUCAAAAACAUGCCCUUACACAAACAUGGUGCACCAGGAGUGUGGGAACCCCUGCAUCAACACCUGCUCCAACCCUGACAGAAGCCACGUCUGUGAAGAACACUGCGUUGAUGGAUGCUUCUGCCCAGCAGGUUAUGUGCUUGAUGACCUCACUGGGAAAGGAUGUGUAACACAGGAACAGUGCUCCUGCACCCACAAUGGAAAAACCUAUCAGCCUGGUCAGUCCUUCACCAGCAACUGCAAAGAAUGCACAUGCACCUCCAACCAGUGGAGCUGUAAAGAGAAAGACUGUCCUGCGACCUGCUCUGUGGAGGGAGGCUCUCAUAUCGCCACAUUCGAUGGAAAGGCAUACACUUUCCAUGGUGACUGUACAUACGUCCUCGUUAAGGAAACCAAUGGCACAGACUUCACGGUGGUAGGAGACUUGGUAAAAUGUGGUCUGACCGAUACAGAGACGUGUCUGAAGGCGGUCACCCUGGCCCUCUCCGGAGGGAACACCGUGUUCAGCAUCCAGCCGGACGGAAAAGUCUUUGUCAACAGAAUCUUUUCUCAGCUUCCUCUCUCAACAGCGGGUGUGAACAUUUUCAGACCGACCACGUUUUACGUCAUCGUGCAGACCUCUUUUGGACUUCAGAUGGAGGUUCAGCUCGUGCCAAUUAUGCAGGUCUACAUAACAGUGGAUGGAACUCACAAGCAGAAGUUACUUGGCCUGUGUGGAAACUUCAAUGACAUGCAAAGUGAUGAUUUCACCACUACGACUGGGUCCUGCGAGGGUACCGGUGCAGGCUUCGCCAACAGCUGGAGGACCAGAGCUAACUGCCCUGAAAUGAAGAACAGCUUCGAGAACCCAUGCAGUCUUAGCUUGGAAAAUGAGAAAUAUGCUCAGAAGUGGUGCUCUCUGCUGUCAGACCCCAAUGGAGCGUUUGCUCCAUGCCACAGUGAGAUCAGCCCAGAUCUCUAUCAAAAGAACUGCAUGUAUGACUCCUGCAAUUGUGAGAAGAGUGAGAGCUGCAUGUGCGCAGCACUUUCUUCGUAUGUGCACGCCUGUGCUGCCAAAGGGAUCCUUCUCAACGGCUGGAGAAAUGAAGCCUGCAAGAAUUAUACCACCUGCCCCAGCACCAUGGUCUACUCCUACGACGUUCAGACCAGCAACCAGUCAUGCCGCUGCCACAGUGACCCAGACUUUACAUGUGCUGUUACCUUUGAGCCCGUGGACGGAUGUGUCUGCGCAGCUGGAACGUAUCUUGAUGAAAGCGGGAAAUGUGUCCCGCCAGCUAAAUGUUCCUGCUACUUCAAAGGAUCAGUGAUUCCUCCUGGAGAAGUCAUCACCAGGGAUGGUGCCAUGUGCACCUGUAAAGACGGCCAAAUCAGCUGCAUCGGACAUUCCACUGACGAGCCAACUUGCUCCUCACCAAUGGUGUUCUUCAACUGCACCAACUCUGCCCCAGGAUCUACAGGCUCUGAGUGCCAGAAGAGCUGCAACAAUCUGGACCUCACCUGUAUCAGUACAGAGUGUAUCUCGGGCUGUGUGUGUCCCUCGGGACUGGUGUCCGAUGGGCAAGGAGGCUGCAUUAAAGAGGAACUGUGUCCUUGCGUCCACAAUGGUGUCUUUCACCAACCUGGAGAAUCCAUCAAAGUUGACUGCAAUACCUGCACAUGUAAGGACAAGAAAUGGCAGUGCACCACAAAUCCGUGCUAUGGAACCUGCACAGCUUACGGCGAUGGACAUUACAUCACAUUUGAUGGGAAAAGAUACACCUUUGAUGGAGACUGUGAAUAUACCCUUGUCAGAGAUCACUGUGGCCUCAGCAAUGCCAGCGCCACCUUCAGAGUCAUCACUGAAAACGUUCCCUGUGGAACCACCGGCACAACCUGCUCCAAGGCUAUUAAGCUCUUCCUUGGGAAAAAUGAGCUCAUACUAACGGAUGGAAGCUACCAAGUUGUGCAAAGGGAUCAAGGAGAGGAGAUUCCCUACCAGAUCCAGCUCAUUGGAAUCUACUUGGUGAUUGAGGCCGAUAAUGGCAUAAUUCUUAUGUGGGAUCGAAAGACAAGCAUAUCCAUCAAGCUGAGUCCAGAAUACAAGGGUGCUGUCUGCGGCCUCUGCGGAAAUUAUGACGGCAAUGCAAAGAAUGACUUCACCUUAAGAAACCAAGGAGUGGUGACCAGUGCCUUGGAGUUUGGAAACAGCUGGAAGGAUUCCUCCACCUGCCCCAAUGCCGCCACUCUCCUGAAUCCCUGUUCCUUUAACCCCUACAGGCAGUCCUGGGCUCAGAAACAGUGCAGCAUCAUCAACAGUGAGGUCUUCCAAGACUGUCAUUCACAGGUGGAUCCCACUCCCUAUUAUGAGGCUUGUGUGUGGGACGCGUGUGCCUGUGAUACUGGUGGAGACUGCGAGUGUUUGUGCACUGCGGUCGCAACCUACGCAGAAGUCUGUAAUGCGGUUGGAACCUGCAUUGCAUGGAGAACACCUAGCAUCUGCCCAAUAUUCUGCGAUUACUACAACCCUACUGGUGAGUGUGAGUGGCACUAUAAACCCUGUGGCGCCCCCUGUGUGAAGACCUGCAGGAACCCCUCUGGGAAGUGUUCCAGUCAGAUACCACCACUGGAAGGCUGUUCUCCAAACUGUCCUCUUGAUCAGCCAUACCUUGAUGAGCAGACAAUGAAAUGUGUGAAGAGUGAGAGCUGCGGCUGCUACGAUAAACAAGGGAAGCAUUACAGCAAUGGAGAGAACGUUCCCAGCACAGAAAACUGCCAGACAUGUUCUUGCCAUUCGGUGACAAUCAACUGCACAAGAGAUGUCAACGCAUGUACCUGCACAUACGAUGGAAAAACAUAUCGAUAUGGAAGCAUUAUCUACAACACCACCGAUGGGUAUGGCCACUGCAUGACGGCUGUCUGUGGAGAGGAUGGAAAGAUUGAGAGGAAAAUGUAUCCUUGCACUACAACUCCACCACCAACAACAACCAUUCCAACAACUACCUUUAACUUCUCCACAACACAACCAGUGUCAACUACGCACUCUAGUACUCCAACAUCACCACAGCCAACAACUACUUCUGGGUCAUGUCAGCAAUCAUGUGCAUGGACUCCAUGGUUUGAUACAACAUUCCCCACCCCUGGUCCCGAUGGAGGUGACUCUGAAACUUACAGUAAUAUAAGAGCAGCUGGUUAUGACAUCUGCAAUGAACCAAGCAAAAUUGAGUGCCGAGCUGAAAAGUAUCCGAACAAAAGCAUAAGCGAAGUAGGGCAGGUUGUGGAAUGUAAUGUCAAAGAAGGUUUAAUAUGCAAGAACAAGGAUCAGUCAGGUCCAUUUCCACUGUGCUUGAACUACCAAAUACGAGUUUAUUGCUGUGACAACAAGAACUGUACAACAAAGUCAGCAACGACUUCACCAACGUUAACUACCACAAUAAAGACAACUCCACAUUACUGUGAGGUCUGUUCCUGGACUGAAUGGAUUAAUGCAGAUUAUCCUGAAUAUGGACCAAAUGGAGGUGACAAUGACACUAUUAAAAAUAUUAUAAAAUCUGGACGCUAUAAAAUAUGUGAAAAACCAGUUGAAGUCAAGUGUCAAGCAGUGCGCUACCCUGGAGUUCCAUUAUCAGAGUUACACCAGAAUGUUACAUGCAAUGAACAAGGUUUACUUUGUGAGAACAAAUAUCAAACUCUCAUUUGUCUUGACUAUGAGAUAAAAGCAAAAUGUUGCAAGAGCGUAGAAUGUUCAACUACAACACAAACUACUACCACUAUACCUAAAACAACCAGCCCAAAGACGACUACAACAACAAGACCAUCCACAACGAUAACAAAUAUGCCACCUAUUACUUGUGCUCAGUGCAGCUGGUCAGCCUGGAUGGACUUUGGCCCUCCAACAACAGGUCCUAAUGGUGGUGAAAUUGUACCAAUGAAAAGAAUAAGGGAGACUUAUCCUAACAUCUGUAGCGUGCCAAGUAAAGUGGAAUGCAGAGCAAAACUCUACCCAGGACUUCCACUUUCACAAGUGGGUCAAGUGGUGACUUGUAAUGCUCAAGAUGGACUGAUUUGUUUGAACCAAAACCAGGGUCUCCAGCAACAGUGCUUUGAUUAUGAGAUUAGAGUCUCCUGUUGUAACAUUAUGCCAGGGCCUUGUCCAUCAACUUCAACUGAAACACCAACUACGCCAACCACAACAACCACACCUACGACAACAAUUACAACAACUCCAACAACAACUACGCCUACAACAACUACAACUCCAACAACAACAUCACCGACCUCAACAACAUCCCCAACCACAACACCAUCCACGACCACAAGCACAUCACCUAAAUCUACAACAAAAACCACAAUUUCAACCACAACAAGCUGUAAGCUUUGCCAGUGGUCAGCGUGGAUGGACUUUGGCCCUCCAACAACAGGUGCUAAUGGUGGAGAAUUUGUACCAAUGAAAAGAAUAAGGGAGACUUAUCCUAACAUCUGUAGCGUGCCAAGUAAAGUGGAAUGCAGAGCAAAACUCUACCCAGGACUUCCACUUUCACAACUGGGUCAAGUGGUGACUUGUAAUGCUCAAGAUGGACUGAUUUGUUUGAACCAAAACCAGGGUCUCCAGAAACAGUGCUUUGAUUAUGAGAUUAGAGUCUCCUGUUGUGACGUUGUGCCAGGGCCUUGUCCAUCAACUUCAACUGAAACGACAACUACGCCAACCACAACAACCACACCUACGACAACAAUUACAACAACUCCAACAACAACUACGCCUACAACAACUACAACUCCAACAACAACAUCACCGACCUCAACAACAUCCCCCACCACAACACCAUCCACGACCACAAGCACAUCACCUAAAUCUACAACAAAAACCACAAUUUCAACCACAACAAGCUGUAAGCUUUGCCAGUGGUCAGCGUGGAUGGACUUUGGCCCUCCAACAACAGGUGCUAAUGGUGGAGAAUUUGUACCAAUGAAAAGAAUAAGGGAGACUUAUCCUAACAUCUGUAGCGUUCCAAGUAAAGUGGAAUGCAGAGCAAAACUCUACCCAGGACUUCCACUUUCACAACUGGGUCAAGUGGUGACUUGUAAUGCUCAAGAUGGACUGAUUUGUUUGAACCAAAACCAGGGUCUCCAGAAACAGUGCUUUGAUUAUGAGAUUAGAGUCUCCUGUUGUGACGUUGUGCCAGGGCCUUGUCCAUCAACUUCAACUGAAACGACAACUACGCCAACCACAACAACCACACCUACGACAACAAUUACAACAACUCCAACAACAACUACGCCUACAACAACUACAACUCCAACAACAACAUCACCGACCUCAACAACAUCCCCAACCACAACACCGUCAACAACUCCAACAACAACUACACCUACAACAACUACAACUCCAACAACAACAUCACCGACCUCAACAACAUCCCCAACCACAACACCAUCCACAACCACAAGCACAUCACCUAAAUCUACAACAAAAACAACAAUUUCAACCACGACAAGCUGUACGCAUUGCCAGUGGUCAGCGUGGAUGGACUUUGGCCCUCCAACAACAGGUGCUAAUGGUGGUGAAAUUGUACCAAUGAAAAGAAUAAGGGAGACUUAUCCUAACAUCUGUAGCGUGCCAAGUAAAGUGGAAUGCAGAGCAAAACUCUACCCAGGACUUCCACUUUCACAACUGGGUCAAGUGGUGACUUGUAAUGCUCAAGAUGGACUGAUUUGUUUGAACCAAAACCAGGGUCUCCAGCAACAGUGCUUUGAUUAUGAGAUUAGAGUCUCCUGUUGUGACGUUGUGCCAGGGCCUUGUCCAUCAACUUCAACUGAAACGACAACUACGCCAACCACAACAACCACACCUACGACAACAAUUACAACAACUCCAACAACAACUACGCCUACAACAACUACAACUCCAACAACAACAUCACCGACCUCAACAACAUCCCCCACCACAACACCAUCCACGACCACAAGCACAUCACCUAAAUCUACAACAAAAACCACAAUUUCAACCACAACAAGCUGUAAGCUUUGCCAGUGGUCAGCGUGGAUGGACUUUGGCCCUCCAACAACAGGUGCUAAUGGUGGAGAAUUUGUACCAAUGAAAAGAAUAAGGGAGACUUAUCCUAACAUCUGUAGCGUGCCAAGUAAAGUGGAAUGCAGAGCAAAACUCUACCCAGGACUUCCACUUUCACAACUGGGUCAAGUGGUGACUUGUAAUGCUCAAGAUGGACUGAUUUGUUUGAACCAAAACCAGGGUCUCCAGAAACAGUGCUUUGAUUAUGAGAUUAGAGUCUCCUGUUGUGAUAUUGUGCCAGGGCCUUGUCCAUCAACUUCAACUGAAACGACAACUACGCCAACCACAACAACCACACCUACGACAACAAGUACAACAACUCCAACAACAACUACGCCUACAACAACCACAACUCCAACAACAACAUCACCGACCUCAACAACAUCCCCAACCACAACACCGUCAACAACCACAAGCACAUCACCUAAAUCUACAACAAAAACCACAAUUUCAACCACGACAAGCUGUAAGCAUUGCCAGUGGUCAGCAUGGAUGGACUUUGGCCCUCCAACAACAGGUGCUAAUGGUGGAGAAUUUGUACCAAUGAAAAGAAUAAGGGAGACUUAUCCUAACAUCUGUAGCGUGCCAAGUAAAGUGGAAUGCAGAGCAAAACUCUACCCAGGACUUCCACUUUCACAACUGGGUCAAGUGGUGACUUGUAAUGCUCAAGAUGGACUGAUUUGUUUGAACCAAAACCAGGGUCUCCAGAAACAGUGCUUUGAUUAUGAGAUUAGAGUCUCCUGUUGUGAUAUUGUGCCAGGGCCUUGUCCAUCAACUUCAACUGAAACGACAACUACGCCAACCACAACAACCACACCUACGACAACAAUUACAACAACUCCAACAACAACUACGUCUCCAACAACUACAACUCCAACAACAACAUCACCGACCUCAACAACAUCCCCAACCACAACACCAUCCACAACCACAAGCACAUCACCUAAAUCUACAACAAAAACAACAAUUUCAACCACGACAAGCUGUACGCAUUGCCAGUGGUCAGCGUGGAUGGACUUUGGCCCUCCAACAACUGGUGCUAAUGGUGGUGAAAUUGUACCAAUGAAAAGAAUAAGGGAGACUUAUCCUAACAUCUGUACCGUGCCAAGGAAAGUGGAAUGCAGAGCAAAACUCUACCCAGGACUUCCACUUUCACAACUGGGUCAAGUGGUGACUUGUAAUGCUCAAGAUGGACUGAUUUGUUUGAACCAAAACCAGGGUCUCCAGCAACAGUGCUUUGAUUAUGAGAUUAGAGUCUCCUGUUGUGACGUUGUGCCAGGGCCUUGUCCAUCAACUUCAACUGAAACGACAACUACGCCAACCACAACAACCACACCUACGACAACAAUUACAACAACUCCAACAACAACUACGCCUACAACAACUACAACUCCAACAACAACAUCACCGACCUCAACAACAUCCCCCACCACAACACCAUCCACGACCACAAGCACAUCACCUAAAUCUACAACAAAAACCACAAUUUCAACCACAACAAGCUGUAAGCUUUGCCAGUGGUCAGCGUGGAUGGACUUUGGCCCUCCAACAACAGGUGCUAAUGGUGGAGAAUUUGUACCAAUGAAAAGAAUAAGGGAGACUUAUCCUAACAUCUGUAGCGUGCCAAGUAAAGUGGAAUGCAGAGCAAAACUCUACCCAGGACUUCCACUUUCACAACUGGGUCAAGUGGUGACUUGUAAUGCUCAAGAUGGACUGAUUUGUUUGAACCAAAACCAGGGUCUCCAGAAACAGUGCUUUGAUUAUGAGAUUAGAGUCUCCUGUUGUGAUAUUGUGCCAGGGCCUUGUCCAUCAACUUCAACUGAAACGACAACUACGCCAACCACAACAACCACACCUACGACAACAAGUACAACAACUCCAACAACAACUACGCCUACAACAACCACAACUCCAACAACAACAUCACCGACCUCAACAACAUCCCCAACCACAACACCGUCAACAACCACAAGCACAUCACCUAAAUCUACAACAAAAACCACAAUUUCAACCACGACAAGCUGUAAGCAUUGCCAGUGGUCAGCAUGGAUGGACUUUGGCCCUCCAACAACAGGUGCUAAUGGUGGAGAAUUUGUACCAAUGAAAAGAAUAAGGGAGACUUAUCCUAACAUCUGUACCGUGCCAAGUAAAGUGGAAUGCAGAGCAAAACUCUACCCAGGACUUCCACUUUCACAACUGGGUCAAGUGGUGACUUGUAAUGCUCAAGAUGGACUGAUUUGUUUGAACCAAAACCAGGGUCUCCAGAAACAGUGCUUUGAUUAUGAGAUUAGAGUCUCCUGUUGUGACGUUGUGCCAGGGCCUUGUCCAUCAACUUCAACUGAAACGACAACUACGCCAACCACAACAACCACACCUACGACAACAAUUACAACAACUCCAACAACAACUACGCCUACAACAACUACAACUCCAACAACAACAUCACCGACCUCAACAACAUCCCCAACCACAACACCGUCAACAACUCCAACAACAACUACACCUACAACAACUACAACUGCAACAACAACAUCACCGACCUCAACAACAUCCCCAACCACAACACCAUCCACAACCACAAGCACAUCACCUAAAUCUACAAGAAAAACAACAAUUUCAACCACGACAAGCUGUACGCAUUGCCAGUGGUCAGCGUGGAUGGACUUUGGCCCUCCAACAACUGGUGCUAAUGGUGGUGAAAUUGUACCAAUGAAAAGAAUAAGGGAGACUUAUCCUAACAUCUGUACCGUGCCAAGUAAAGUGGAAUGCAGAGCAAAACUCUACCCAGGACUUCCACUUUCACAACUGGGUCAAGUGGUGACUUGUAAUGCUCAAGAUGGACUGAUUUGUUUGAACCAAAACCAGGGUCUCCAGAAACAGUGCUUUGAUUAUGAGAUUAGAGUCUCCUGUUGUGACGUUGUGCCAGGGCCUUGUCCAUCAACUUCAACUGAAACGACAACUACGCCAACCACAACAACCACACCUACGACAACAAUUACAACAACUCCAACAACAACUACGCCUACAACAACUACAACUCCAACAACAACAUCACCGACCUCAACAACAUCCCCCACCACAACACCAUCCACGACCACAAGCACAUCACCUAAAUCUACAACAAAAACCACAAUUUCAACCACAACAAGCUGUAAGCUUUGCCAGUGGUCAGCGUGGAUGGACUUUGGCCCUCCAACAACAGGUGCUAAUGGUGGAGAAUUUGUACCAAUGAAAAGAAUAAGGGAGACUUAUCCUAACAUCUGUAGCGUGCCAAGUAAAGUGGAAUGCAGAGCAAAACUCUACCCAGGACUUCCACUUUCACAACUGGGUCAAGUGGUGACUUGUAAUGCUCAAGAUGGACUGAUUUGUUUGAACCAAAACCAGGGUCUCCAGAAACAGUGCUUUGAUUAUGAGAUUAGAGUCUCCUGUUGUGACAUUGUGCCAGGGCCUUGUCCAUCAACUUCAACUGAAACGACAACUACGCCAACCACAACAACCACACCUACAACAACAAUUACAACAACUCCAACAACAACUACGCCUACAACAACCACAACUCCAACAACAACAUCACCGACCUCAACAACAUCCCCAACCACAACACCGUCAACAACCACAAGCACAUCACCUAAAUCUACAACAAAAACCACAAUUUCAACCACGACAAGCUGUAAGCAUUGCCAGUGGUCAGCAUGGAUGGACUUUGGCCCUCCAACAACAGGUGCUAAUGGUGGUGAAAUUGUACCAAUGAAAAGAAUAAGGGAGACUUAUCCUAACAUCUGUAGCGUGCCAAGUAAAGUGGAAUGCAGAGCAAAACUCUACCCAGGACUUCCACUUUCACAACUGGGUCAAGUGGUGACUUGUAAUGCUCAAGAUGGACUGAUUUGUUUGAACCAAAACCAGGGUCUCCAGCAACAGUGCUUUGAUUAUGAGAUUAGAGUCUCCUGUUGUGACGUUGUGCCAGGGCCUUGUCCAUCAACUUCAACUGAAACGACAACUACGCCAACCACAACAACCACACCUACGACAACAAUUACAACAACUCCAACAACAACUACACCUACAACAACUACAACUCCAACAACAACAUCACCGACCUCAACAACAUCCCCAACCACAACACCAUCCACAACCACAAGCACAUCACCUAAAUCUACAACAAAAACCACAAUUUCAACCACGAUAAGCUGUACGCAUUGCCAGUGGUCAGCGUGGAUGGACUUUGGCCCUCCAACAACUGGUGCUAAUGGUGGUGAAAUUGUACCAAUGAAAAGAAUAAGGGAGACUUAUCCUAACAUCUGUACCGUGCCAAGUAAAGUGGAAUGCAGAGCAAAACUCUACCCAGGACUUCCACUUUCACAACUGGGUCAAGUGGUGACUUGUAAUGCUCAAGAUGGACUGAUUUGUUUGAACCAAAACCAGGGUCUCCAGCAACAGUGCUUUGAUUAUGAGAUUAGAGUCUCCUGUUGUGAUGUUGUGCCAGGGCCUUGUCCAUCGACUUCAACUGAAACGACAACUACGCCAACCACAACAACCACACCUACGACAACAACUACACCUACAACAACUACAACUCCAACAACAACAUCACCGACCUCAACAACAUCCCCAACCACAACACCAUCCACAACCACAAGCACAUCACCUAAAUCUACAACAAAAACAACAAUUUCAACCACGACAAGCUGUACGCAUUGCCAGUGGUCAGCGUGGAUGGACUUUGGCCCUCCAACAACUGGUGCUAAUGGUGGUGAAAUUGUACCAAUGAAAAGAAUAAGGGAGACUUAUCCUAACAUCUGUACCGUGCCAAGUAAAGUGGAAUGCAGAGCAAAACUCUACCCAGGACUUCCACUUUCACAACUGGGUCAAGUGGUGACUUGUAAUGCUCAAGAUGGACUGAUUUGUUUGAACCAAAACCAGGGUCUCCAGCAACAGUGCUUUGAUUAUGAGAUUAGAGUCUCCUGUUGUGAUGUUGUGCCAGGGCCUUGUCCAUCGACUUCAACUGAAACGACAACUACGCCAACCACAACAACCACACCUACGACAACAACUACACCUACAACAACUACAACUCCAACAACAACAUCCCCGACCUCAACAACAUCCCCAACCACAACACCAUCCACAACCACAAGCACAUCACCUAAAUCUACAACAAAAACCACAAUUUCAACCACAACAAGCUGUAAGCUUUGCCAGUGGUCAGCGUGGAUGGACUUUGGCCCUCCAACAACAGGUGCUAAUGGUGGAGAAUUUGUACCAAUUAAAAGAAUAAGGGAGACUUAUCCUAACAUCUGUAGUGUGCCAAGUAAAGUGGAAUGCAGAGCAAAACUCUACCCAGGACUUCCACUUUCACAACUGGGUCAAGUGGUGACUUGUAAUGCUCAAGAUGGACUGAUUUGUUUGAACCAAAACCAGGGUCUCCAGAAACAGUGCUUUGAUUAUGAGAUUAGAGUCUCCUGUUGUGACGUUGUGCCAGGGCCUUGUCCAUCAACUUCAACUGAAACGACAACUACGCCAACCACAACAACCACACCUACAACAACAAUUACAACAACUCCAACAACAACUACGCCUACAACAACCACAACUCCAACAACAACAUCACCGACCUCAACAACAUCCCCAACCACAACACCGUCAACAACCACAAGCACAUCACCUAAAUCUACAACAAAAAACACAAUUUCAACCACGACAAGCUGUAAGCAUUGCCAGUGGUCAGCAUGGAUGGACUUUGGCCCUCCAACAACAGGUGCUAAUGGUGGUGAAAUUGUACCAAUGAAAAGAAUAAGGGAGACUUAUCCUAACAUCUGUAGCGUGCCAAGUAAAGUGGAAUGCAGAGCAAAACUCUACCCAGGACUUCCACUUUCACAACUGGGUCAAGUGGUGACUUGUAAUGCUCAAGAUGGACUGAUUUGUUUGAACCAAAACCAGGGUCUCCAGCAACAGUGCUUUGAUUAUGAGAUUAGAGUCUCCUGUUGUGACGUUGUGCCAGGGCCUUGUCCAUCAACUUCAACUGAAACGACAACUACGCCAACCACACCUACGACAACAAUUACAACAACUCCAACAACAACUACGCCUACAACAACUCCAACUCCAACAACAACAUCACCGACCUCAACAACAUCCCCAACCACAACACCAUCCACGACCACAAGCACAUCACCUAAAUCUACAACAAAAACCACAAUUUCAACCACGACAAGCUGUAAGCAUUGCCAGUGGUCAGCGUGGAUGGACUUUGGCCCUCCAACAACAGGUGCUAAUGGUGGAGAAUUUGUACCAAUGAAAAGAAUAAGGGAGACUUAUCCUAACAUCUGUAGCGUGCCAAGUAAAGUGGAAUGCAGAGCAAAACUCUACCCAGGACUUCCACUUUCACAACUGGGUCAAGUGGUGACUUGUAAUGCUCAAGAUGGACUGAUUUGUUUGAACCAAAACCAGGGUCUCCAGAAACAGUGCUUUGAUUAUGAGAUUAGAGUCUCCUGUUGUGACGUUGUGCCAGGGCCUUGUCCAUCAACUUCAACUGAAACGACAACUACGCCAACCACACCUACGACAACAAUUACAACAACUCCAACAACAACUACGCCUACAACAACUACAACUCCAACAACAACAUCACCGACCUCAACAACAUCCCCAACCACAACACCAUCCACAACCACAAGCACAUCACCUAAAUCUACAACAAAAACCACAAUUUCAACCACGACAAGCUGUAAGCAUUGCCAGUGGUCAGCAUGGAUGGACUUUGGCCCUCCAACAACAGGUGCUAAUGGUGGUGAAAUUGUACCAAUGAAAAGAAUAAGGGAGACUUAUCCUAACAUCUGUAGCGUGCCAAGUAAAGUGGAAUGCAGAGCAAAACUCUACCCAGGACUUCCACUUUCACAACUGGGUCAAGUGGUGACUUGUAAUGCUCAAGAUGGACUGAUUUGUUUGAACCAAAACCAGGGUCUCCAGCAACAGUGCUUUGAUUAUGAGAUUAGAGUCUCCUGUUGUCACGUUGUGCCAGGGCCUUGUCCAUCAACUUCAACUGAAACGACAACUACGCCAACCACAACAACCACACCUACGACAACAAUUACAACAACUCCAACAACAACGACACCUACAACAACUACAACUCCAACAACAACAUCCCCGACCUCAACAACAUCUCCAACCACAACACCGUCAACAACCACAAGCACAUCACCUAAAUCUACAACAAAAACCACAAUUUCAACCACGACAAGCUGUAAGCAUUGCCAGUGGUCAGCAUGGAUGGACUUUGGCCCUCCAACAACAGGUGCUAAUGGUGGUGAAAUUGUACCAAUGAAAAGAAUAAGGGAGACUUAUCCUAACAUCUGUAGCGUGCCAAGUAAAGUGGAAUGCAGAGCAAAACUCCCAGGACUUCCACUUUCACAACUGGGUCAAGUGGUGACUUGUAAUGCUCAAGAUGGACUGAUUUGUUUGAACCAAAACCAGGGUCUCCAGCAACAGUGCUUUGAUUAUGAGAUUAGAGUCUCCUGUUGUGACGUUGUGCCAGGGCCUUGUCCAUCAACUUCAACUGAAACGACAACUACGCCAACCACAACAACCACACCUACGACAACAAUUACAACAACUCCAACAACAACUACGCCUACAACAACUACAACUCCAACAACAACAUCACCGACCUCAACAACAUCCCCAACCACAACACCAUCCACAACCACAAGCACAUCACCUAAAUCUACAACAAAAACAACAAUUUCAACCACAACAAGCUGUACGCAAUGCCAGUGGUCAGCGUGGAUGGACUUUGGCCCUCCAACAACUGGUGCUAAUGGUGGUGAAAUUGUACCAAUGAAAAGAAUAAGGGAGACUUAUCCUAACAUCUGUAGUGUGCCAAGUAAAGUGGAAUGCAGAGCAAAACUCUACCCAGGACUUCCACUUUCACAACUGGGUCAAGUGGUGACUUGUAAUGCUCAAGAUGGACUGAUUUGUUUGAACCAAAACCAGGGUCUCCAGCAACAGUGCUUUGAUUAUGAGAUUAGAGUCUCCUGUUGUGAUGUUGUGCCAGGGCCUUGUCCAUCAACUUCAACUGAAACGACAACUACGCCAACCACAACAACCACACCUACGACAACAAUUACAACAACUCCAACAACAACUACGCCUACAACAACUACAACUCCAACAACAACAUCACCGACCUCAACAACAUCCCCAACCACAACACCAUCCACAACCACAAGCACAUCACCUAAAUCUACAACAAAAACAACAAUUUCAACCACAACAAGCUGUACGCAAUGCCAGUGGUCAGCGUGGAUGGACUUUGGCCCUCCAACAACUGGUGCUAAUGGUGGUGAAAUUGUACCAAUGAAAAGAAUAAGGGAGACUUAUCCUAACAUCUGUAGUGUGCCAAGUAAAGUGGAAUGCAGAGCAAAACUCUACCCAGGACUUCCACUUUCACAACUGGGUCAAGUCGUGAAUUGUAAUGCUCAAGAUGGACUGAUUUGUUUGAACCAAAACCAGGGUCUCCAGCAACAGUGCUUUGAUUAUGAGAUUAGAGUCUCCUGUUGUGACGUUGUGCCAGGGCCUUGUCCAUCAACUUCAACUGAAACGACAACUACGCCAACCACAACAACCACACCUACGACAACAAUUACAACAACUCCAACAACAACUACGUCUCCAACAACUACAACUCCAACAACAACAUCACCGACCUCAACAACAUCCCCAACCACAACACCAUCCACAACCACAAGCACAUCACCUAAAUCUACAACAAAAACAACAAUUUCAACCACGACAAGCUGUACGCAUUGCCAGUGGUCAGCGUGGAUGGACUUUGGCCCUCCAACAACUGGUGCUAAUGGUGGUGAAAUUGUACCAAUGAAAAGAAUAAGGGAGACUUAUCCUAACAUCUGUACCGUGCCAAGGAAAGUGGAAUGCAGAGCAAAACUCUACCCAGGACUUCCACUUUCACAACUGGGUCAAGUGGUGACUUGUAAUGCUCAAGAUGGACUGAUUUGUUUGAACCAAAACCAGGGUCUCCAGCAACAGUGCUUUGAUUAUGAGAUUAGAGUCUCCUGUUGUGACGUUAUGCCAGGGCCUUGUCCAUCAACUUCAACUGAAACGACAACUACGCCAACCACAACAACCACACCUACGACAACAAUUACAACAACUCCAACAACAACUACACCUACAACAACUACAACUCCAACAACAACAUCCCCGACCUCAACAACAUCCCCAACCACAACACCAUCCACAACCACAAGCACAUCACCUAAAUCUACAACAAAAACAACAAUUUCAACCACGACAAGCUGUACGCAUUGCCAGUGGUCAGCGUGGAUGGACUUUGGCCCUCCAACAACCGGUGCAAAUGGUGGUGAAAUUGUACCAAUGAAAAGAAUAAGGGAGACUUAUCCUAACAUUUGUAGCGUGCCAAGUAAAGUGGAAUGCAGAGCAAAACUCUACCCAGGACUUCCACUUUCACAACUGGGUCAAGUGGUGACUUGUAAUGCUCAAGAUGGACUGAUUUGUUUGAACCAAAACCAGGGUCUCCAGCAACAGUGCUUUGAUUAUGAGAUUAGAGUCUCCUGUUGUGACGUUGUGCCAGGGCCUUGUCCAUCAACUUCAACUGAAACGACAACUACGCCAACCACACCUACGACAACAAUUACAACAACUCCAACAACAACUACACCUACAACAACUACAACUCCAACAACAACAUCACCGACCUCAACAACAUCCCCAACCACAACACCAUCCACGACCACAAGCACAUCACCUAAAUCUACAACAAAAACCACAAUUUCAACCACGACAAGCUGUACGCAUUGCCAGUGGUCAGCGUGGAUGGACUUUGGCCCUCCAACAACAGGUGCUAAUGGUGGUGAAAUUGUACCAAUGAAAAGAAUAAGGGAGACUUAUCCUAACAUCUGUAGUGUGCCAAGUAAAGUGGAAUGCAGAGCAAAACUCUACCCAGGACUUCCACUUUCACAACUGGGUCAAGUGGUGACUUGUAAUGCUCAAGAUGGACUGAUUUGUUUGAACCAAAACCAGGGUCUCCAGCAACAGUGCUUUGAUUAUGAGAUUAGAGUCUCCUGUUGUGAUGUUGUGCCAGGGCCUUGUCCAUCGACUUCAACUGAAACGACAACUACGCCAACCACAACAACCACACCUACGACAACAACUACACCUACAACAACUACAACUCCAACAACAACAUCCCCGACCUCAACAACAUCCCCAACCACAACACCAUCCACAACCACAAGCACAUCACCUAAAUCUACAACAAAAACCACAAUUUCAACCACGACAAGCUGUAAGCAUUGCCAGUGGUCAGCGUGGAUGGACUUUGGCCCUCCAACAACUGGUGCUAAUGGUGGAGAAUUUGUACCAAUGAAAAGAAUAAGGGAGACUUAUCCUAACAUCUGUAGCGUGCCAAGUAAAGUGGAAUGCAGAGCAAAACUCUACCCAGGACUUCCACUUUCACAACUGGGUCAAGUGGUGACUUGUAAUGCUCAAGAUGGACUGAUUUGUUUGAACCAAAACCAGGGUCUCCAGCAACAGUGCUUUGAUUAUGAGAUUAGAGUGUCUUGUUGUGACGUUGUGCCUGGGCCUUGUCCAUCGACUUCAACUCAAACAACAUCCCCUACAACGACAAUAACCCCAACAUCAUCAACAUCCCCAAUCCCAAGCACAUCACCUACACCCAUAACAACAACCACAAGUUCAAGCACGACAACAUGUGAACCAUGCCACUGGUCAGCGUGGAUGGACUUUGGCCCUCCAACAACAGGUGCUAAUGGUGGUGAAAUUGUACCAAUGAAAAGAAUAAGGGAGACUUAUCCUAACAUCUGUACCGUGCCAAGUAAAGUGGAAUGCAGAGCAAAACUCUACCCAGGACUUCCACUUUCACAACUGGGUCAAGUAGUGACUUGUAAUGCUCAAGAUGGACUGAUUUGUUUGAACCAAAACCAGGGUCUCCAGCAGCAAUGCUUUGAUUAUGAGAUUAGAGUCUCCUGUUGUGAUAGAUACUGUCCUGAAACUAGUCCUACAGUUACAACAUCUACGCCCGUUGUACAUACUGCAUCCACAUCAACUCCUGCCCAUAUUUCUCAGAAUUGUACUUGCAUCUUCGAUGGAUUAAUCUAUCCACCAGGUUCCCAAGUAUACAAUGUUAGUGAUGGCGAUGGAUGGUGUUACAUUAUGACAUGCGUUAAAAAUGCCAAUGCCGCAUGUGUCUUGAUUCCACAACUGACCCCAUGUGGUGUGACCACAACUUCACCACCUACAACCACACCUCUGUCACCAAACUGUGACAAUCACAACCCACCUCUAAAGAAUGGUGAAAGUAUACCAGUUGGCAAUUGCUCCAAUAUCACAUGCGUCGACAGAACAAUCAAGCAUGAGCAUGUGCAUUGUGAGCCUGCACCUUUGCCAGUGUGUGUAAACAACUAUCCACCAGUAAGCGUCACUGAUGAUUCCGGAUGCUGUUCCAAAUAUGAUUGCCAAUGUAUCUGCAGUGGCUUUGGAGACCCUCAUUACAUCACAUUUGAUGGAACAUACUACCCAUUCCAAGGGAACUGCUCCUACGUCUUGGUCAAAGAGAUCCAUCCAAAAUAUAACUUCAGCGUCGUCAUUGACAAUGUCAACUGUGAUUCUUCAGAUGGCCUCUCCUGUCCUAAGUCCCUGACGGUGUACUACAAAGCCUUCAAGAUAUUCAUGUCACAGGAGAUUUCUAAUGGAAUUGUCACAAACUUGAUUUACGUCAACAAUAAGCGAGUCGUGCUGCCAUUUGAGAACAGUGACAUCCGAAUAACAGACAACGGCAUUGAAUCACUGGUGGUGAUACCAGCGAUUGGAGCACAGGUCACAUUCACUGGAAUGAUGUUUUUCAUCAACCUCCCAUGGAAAAACUUCCACGGUAACACUGAGGGACAAUGCGGAACAUGUGAUAAUACCCGCACUGAUGACUGCCGCCUGCCAAAUGGCACUGUUAUAUCAUCAUGUGAAAAAAUGGCUCCCUAUUGGCAUGUUCAUGACAACAAUGGCUCCUGCGAAUCAGUUCCACCUACACUACCACCAGUGCACUGUACCAAUUAUUCAAUCUGCGAAAUUAUUAGAAGCAAGGUCUUUGAGAAAUGCCACAAGCUCGUCCCUUAUGAGCCUUUUGUCAUGGCCUGCAACUUUGAUGUUUGCCACAUUAACAACGUGUCUAUUGGCUGUGCUAGUUUGCAAACGUAUGCAGAGGAGUGUGCUCUGGCAGGAGUAUGCAUCGACUGGAGAGGAGCCACGAAUGGAACAUGUCCUUUCAAGUGUAAAUCACCCAGAGUAUACAAAGCUUGUGCUCCUCAGGUUGAGUCAACUUGUGAUCUGAGAUAUAACAUGAAAUUUAUAAGUGAGCCCAGUCCAUUCAAUGCUUUGGGAAACAUCAUUUGGGAGGGCUGCUACUGUCCAGAUGGCACUACAUUGCUGAACCCAUUUUCAGAUGUCUGUGUUCCCACUUGUAACAUCUGCCUGCUGCCAAAUGGAGGGUGGAAACAGGCUGGUACCACAUGGACUAACGGCUGUGAGACCUGCACAUGCGUUCCCGAAACUCUGACUCUGAACUGUGUGGGUCCAGCAUGUCCCGCACCACAGCCGGUUACCUGCGAUCAGGAAGGUCAGGUGAAGAUCACAGAGACGGUGGGCUGCUGCCAGAACCUCACAUGCGUGUGCAAUGGCCAUCUUUGUCCUUCUGAGAAGCUUACAUGCCCUGUUGGAUACAUUCAAGAGGUUGUAAUGGGACCUUGCUGUCCGAAGUAUACAUGUGAGCUUAACGGAAAAGUCUGCGUGUUCAACAAUACGGAAUAUAAGCCUGGUUCAGCUGUGCCUAUGCAAAACUGUGAACAGUGCAUAUGCAGUGAUGAGAUGGAUCAACAAAAUCAAUGGCACAAAAUUGACUGUCAGCCUCUUCCAUGUGACACAUUCUGCCCCCUGGGAUAUGAGUACCAGCCAGUUCUAGGGCAGUGCUGUGGAAACUGUGUGCAGACCAGCUGCGUGGCCACGUUAGGGAACAUCACCGAAACCAUUGAGCCCGGUCAAAUCUGGACUCCAUCUAGUGAUAAAUGUUUGAAGUAUGAGUGUGUGAAGAUUGGAACACAGUUCAUCGUAAUUGAGGCCAAGCUUGUUUGUCCAAAGAUCAAUGAAGACGACUGUAUUCCUGGAACGAUAGUCGUUGGUCCCGAUGGUUGCUGUGUUACCUGCAUAAACAAGACGGAGCACUGUGGUGUAAGCAAGAGCUCCACGUACCUCGAGAGCAAUGGCUGCAAAACUACAAACCUUGUGGAGAUGACGACUUGCAAAGGCUCUUGCAGCACAUCGUCUGGAUACUCAGUGCAAACCAGAGCAAUCCAGCACUCAUGCUCCUGUUGCCAGGAACUGGUCACCAGCCAGAAAGAAGCAACACUCAUCUGUCCAGACGGAUCAAAGGUCAUACACACUUACAUCUUUAUUGAAAAGUGUGGCUGCACGGAGACGGAAUGCACAGCGAGGGAGGCUGCUGCUGUCAGGCAGCGCCGCAGAAGACGGUGAUCUCCAUGCUCAACCUGCUCAAAUCAACGUUAAUCUAUUUAUGACUUUAUUUACAAUUCAGUUUGCUUAUCUGAAUCACUCUACAACCUGAAAAAAAUGGUAUCUGUACUCUCAUAAUUUCUUUUCUGAUGCUUAAAAUUCAAUAAAUGUCAGCAGUGAA